AAAUAAUUUAAAGAUGGAGGAUGUAACAAUAUAAAAUUCUCUAGGAAUUAAUUCGAUAAUUAAAGAAACCAUUUGAAAGAAGAAAUGAGGAUGAUUUAUAUCCAAUAGAGAGAAUGGUGAGAAAGAUCGAAUUUUUUUAAAAAUAUUUUGCAGAUCAAAGUGAUCUAAAUUUUAGUUAUUAUUUUGAACAUGAAUAUGCGACAUAAAACACGUGUAUAAUAAACAUAGAUUCAGUUGGAGACAAAUUCUACAUAAUUCUGUAAGGAUAAGUUGGAAUAUAUGUUAAGCCUAAUGAUGUUGAAGAUAAGACAUCGUCAACAAAAUUAUUGGAGAAGGUUAAAUUAAGGUUUAGAUAAGCAGUUAACAAUAAUAAGUUUAAGGAUUAUUAAAUAAAUAAAAUCUAAUCAUAGCAAUCUGAUUUAGUUUUAAUAAAAAUUUUAUUACCAGGACAAUCAUUUGGAGAAAUGUCAUUAAUACAUAAUAGGCCAAGAGAUUUUACAGCUGUGGCAUUAUAACCAUGCCAUUUUGCUUUAAUAAGGAGACAAUACUUUAAAGAUGUUGUAAGAAUUGGUUAAGAGAAAUCUUCAAUGAAAGAGAUGGGUUUUUUUGCAAAUUUAGAGAUUUUUGAAGGUUGGAAUGUGAAUUCAAUUUUUUAGAUUUACAAGACAUUGCAAUAAAGAAGUUAUAGGAUGGGAGAUUUAGUAUAUUAAUCAGGAGAGAUUGCUGAUAUGAUAUAUUUGAUUAAGGAAGGUGCUGUGGAUGUAUUUAAAUAAUAUAAUUAAAGUUAUAAUAAUUAUUUAUAGAAGAAAAGGAAGAUGAUGAAGUAAGAGCAGCUUCUCCACUUAUGAAAUAGAGAGGGAAGAGUCUACAUAGGAAGAUUGCUACAUUAGGAAAACAUCAAUUUUUGGGUUUGGAAGAUGUUCAUAGUGUAGAAUAAAAACAUCGAUUCACUUGUGUUAGUUCGAGUUCAGAUACAAUUCUAUUAAUGAUUCCAAUAGAAUUAUAUAUGAAAAGAAUCUAUAGUCAACCUACAAGUUAAUUGUAUGUGGAGGAAUUUAUUUAAGUUUAAACCAAAUAUUAAAAUCUAAGAGUAUUUAUAUUAAAAUUAAUGAGAAGAAAUUCAUAAUUGUAAGUGGCAAUCAAUUCAUAAAGAUAAUAAUAAUUACAAAUGAUGGCUAAAAUAAAUUAACAGUAAAAUGGUAAUAUGUUAUAGUUUUUUUAAAAUUUGUAAUUGAGAUUUAAGACACUUUCUUAAGAAUCAAAUAAGAAGUUAUAGUAGAGUGCUAUGGGAGAAAGAUCUUAAAACUUUAGUGCACAUGAAAAGUAUGUAGACAGAAGUUGUUAUACUCGUGCUAAAGAUAGAUCUUUAUUAGGAAAGGUUUAAACUCAAAGUUUAUACUAAAAUUAAGCAUAUAAAUAAGUUAUUCAAGAAGAGAGGAUAUUUGAAAAGAAUUUACCAAACCUGUCUUCAUUUUUGGAAAAGAACUAACCAUCCUUACAUCAUUCAAAAUCAACAUAAGUGCGAUAUAGAAGAUAUAGCCCAUAAAAGUAAUAACAAUUGAUUUUUCAAAAUGUUUAAACAUCUUUGAAUGAGGAUGAAUAAUAAUUGGUAUCAUAAAUUCUUUCAAAGGGAGCCAUUUAUCAUAGAAAACCUAAAUCAGUGAAGCGAGUUAAAUCAACUGAAAACUACUCUCACAGAAGGAUACUAAAAUUCCAAGACUAACCAAAGAUAUGAAUGUUUGUAGAAAG